AUGCCCACCCCAAGGCCACCAGGUGCAGGGGCUGCCCUCAUCUCUCCAGAAGAAGUCAGUGAGGUGCCCUUGCAGCCUGCUGGGCCCCAGCUGAGGCCGGGCUGCCUCCAGCAGCUACAGGCAUCCUUGAGCCUGCGACUGGGCUCCCUAGACCCUGGCUGGCUGGAGCGGUGUCACAAUGGGGCCCCAGAUUUUCUGGGGGCUUCCAAGGCCUGCCAGCCUAACUUGGGUGUAGAGCAGUCACAGUCUGUGACUUCAUGUGUCCCAUCUGUCCCUGGUCCCAGCACUAGCCCUGAGGCUCAAGCCCUACAGACAGCUGGAGUCAGUGUAGGGAGCCCCCAACCUGGCGACAGUCAAGGCAAGAGGUGGACACGGAAUAGGGAGCCAGAGGGGAGCCCUGCACAGGCCCAGCAAGACAGUGGCCAAAUAGGACCCCUGCCUGAGGAAGCUGGGACUGCAGAACACGCAGAAGACCCUUCGGGAAAACCCCUGUGGGCACAGCGCCCCAGUGGCGCCACAGCCUCCAGGUACCACAGCUUCAGCCCCGGUAGGGUCACCUUAAGUCGAGCCAGGUUGGGGCAGGCUUGGGGCAUGGCCCACUUGUACAUCCCUUCUAGAGUAGCUGUGCGGAACGGAGGUAAUUACGUGCGGCUCAACAUGAAGCAGAAACGCUACGUGCGGGGCCCGGCUCUCCGUGGAAGGCUCCUCCGCAAGCAGAUGUGGAAGCAGAAGUGGCAGAAGAAAGGGGAGCAUUUUGUAGGUGGUCGGCCCAGAGCCACACUCAAGAAUUCUUGCUUCCGGUGUGGGCAGCUAGGCCACUGGUCAUCCCAGUGCCCCCAACCAGUGAGUGAGAAAGAUCCAGAGCCUGCUGGGCCUGAGCUGUUGGUCACCGUGGAACAGCCUGUGCCCCGGGUGCCCUGCCUGCCCCCUACCGUGCCACCACUUUACCCACCAGGGCCCUCUGGGCAAGUGGCAGAGACGCCAGCUGAGGUAUUCCAGGCCCUGGAGCAGCUAGGGCACCGUGCCUUCCGCCCCGGACAGGAGCAUGCGGUCAUGCGGAUCCUCUCUGGCAUAUCCACGCUGCUGGUGUCGCCCACCGGUGCUGGCAAGUCCUUGUGCUACCAGCUCCCCGCGCUGCUUUAUGCCCGGCGGAGCCCCUGCCUCACACUGGUCAUCUCUCCCCUCCUGUCUCUCAUGGACGACCAGGUGUCUGGCCUGCCCCCAUGCCUGAAGGCAGCCUGCAUCCAUUCAGGCAUGACCAGGAAGGAGCGGGACUCUGCCCUGAAGAAGGUUCAGGCGGCCCAGGUGCACGUUCUGAUGCUGUCACCCGAGGCAUUGGUUGGGGCUGCGGCAGGGACCCCUGGCUCCCUCCCUCAGCUGCCUCCCGUUGCCUUUGCCUGUGUCGACGAGGCCCACUGCCUGUCCCAGUGGUCCCACAACUUCCGGCCCUGCUACCUGCGUGUCUGCAAGGUGCUGCGGGAACACAUGGGUGUCCGCUGCUUUCUGGGUCUUACGGCCACGGCUACGCACAGCACCUCAAGAGACAUGGCUCAGCAUCUAGGCGUGGCUGAGGAGCAUGUCCUCAGAGGGCCAGUCACCAUCCCCACCAACCUGUACCUCUCUGUGUCCACGGACAGGAACCCAGACCAGGCUUUGGUGACACUGCUGCAGAGUGAUCGUUUUCGCGACCUGAACUCUGUCAUCGUCUACUGCAACAGACGCGAAGACACGGAGCGCAUUGCUGCGCUGCUCCGCACUUGCCUGUGUGAGCCCUGGGACCUGGGGCCUAGAGGGGAGGCCCCGGAAGCUGUGGCCGAAGCCUACCACGCCGGCAUGUGUGCCCGGGAGCGGCGGCGGGUGCAGCAGGCCUUCAUGGAGGGCCGGCUGCGGGUGGUGGUGGCCACAGUGGCCUUCGGGAUGGGGCUGGACCGGCCAGACGUGCGGGCCGUGCUGCACCUGGGGCUGCCCCCCAGCUUUGAGAGCUACGUGCAGGCUGUGGGCCGGGCUGGACGGGACGGCCAGCCCGCACACUGCCACCUCUUUCUACAGCCCCAGGGUCAGGACCUGCAGGAGUUGCGUAGACACGUGCAUGCCGAGGCCUCCGACUUCCUUGCCGUGAAGAAGCUGGUACAGUGCUCGUUCCCACCCUGCACCUGCACCCAUGCCCAACAGCCCCCAGAGCAGGAGGGAGCCAAGAGCCAAGAGAGGCCUGUGACCGUGUCCCCAAGCGAGGCCGAGCAAGCCAGCAACAAAGGCCUAGCCCAGUGCCUGGGUCAUGAGCGGGCACUCCCAGUGCAGCCGCUGGUGCAGGCCCUGGACAUGCCUGAGGAGGCCAUUGAGACCCUGCUGUGCUACCUGGAACUACACCCACGGCGCUGGCUGGAGCUGCUGGCACCCACCUAUGCCUACUGCCACCUGCGCUGCCCUGGGGGCCUCCCCCAGCUCCAGGCCCUGGCCCGCAGGUGUCCUCCACUGGCGGUCUGGUUAGCCCAGCAGCCACAGGAAAACAUAGGCGAAGGAAGCUAUUCCGUAGAGUUUGACGUGGUUAAGUUGGCCGACUCGAUGGGCUGGAAGCUCGCCCCUGCAAAGCAGGCUCUCCGUCAACUGCAGUGGUACCCAGAGCCCAGGACAGGUGCACAUCGGGACACAGGGGUGCUGGUGGAGUUCCGGGAGCUCGCCUUCUGUCUGCACAGCCCCGGAGACCUGACAGCCCACGAGAAGGACCAGAUCUGUGACUUCCUAUAUGAACGUGUACAAACCCGUGAGCAGGAGGCCCUGGCACGCCUGCGACGCACCUUCCAGGCCUUUCACAGUGUAGCCUUCCCCAGCUGCGGGCCCUGCUUGGAGCAGCCUGAUGAGGAGCACAGUGCCAGGCUCAAGGCUCUGCUCAGCGGCUACUUCGAGGAAGAGGGGCCAGGAGGCAUGGAAGACGAGCAGGGUCCAGAGCCAGGACAGGCCAGGAUCCAGGACUGGGAGGACCAGAUACGCCAGGACGUCCGCCAUCUCCUGUCCUCGUGGCCAGACCAGCAGUUCUCGGGCAGGGCUGUGGCCCGUAUCUUCCAUGGCAUUGGAAGCCCCUGCUAUCCAGCCCAGGUGUACGGGCGGGACCGGCGUUUCUGGAGAAAACACCUGCGUCUGAGCUUCCGUGCCCUGAUGCGUUUAGCUACAGAGGAGAUCCUGCUGUGGGGCCACUGA